AUGAUUGGCGCACACCAGGAGCCUUCAGUCAAUCGUGACAACCGCAUGAAUCAAGAACCACCUCGUUGCUACAAUUGUGGAGGCCUUGGUCAUCUGCAACGUUCUUGCCCAUCAACUUACCUGGUGAAUGGCGUUAUCGACCUUAACCUCAACGACCGCAGCAAGCAUUUAAAAGACGAGGCGACGUAUCAAGUACCUGAAGGCCGGCUCAUUGAUGCCACGAGGAACCCGAUUUUGGAAAUGUCAACCCGACACCUGAGCUAG